CGACGCCAGUAAUUGUCGGCGAAAAAACGAAACAAAAGCCGACAUCGAUCUUUGGUAGCGGUACGGACUAGCUUCUUUUUUCGCAUAAAAAAAGAAAUAACGCUUUUACGCGUAAUGUCGGUGGUGCUAGUGCAAUAAUAAACACAAAAUAACGUUUUGUGCACGUCUUGUUUGCAAUAUAAUGUCGUAUGUGUGCUUAGUGUAAGUUUCCAGUUACUCGCUAAGUGAAGUGAUUUUUGUGGUGUGACAAAUAAUUAUCUUCCUUAUUGUCUUGCUUCAAGCCUGUUGUGCAUGAUUCUACGAGGCGUUUAGGCGCGACGGAUUGCCAUUACAAUUUAUUGAACGAGCGGAUAAGCGGUUACAAUGGCGGAUACAGACACCGAGACGCUGCCAAACGGCAACGCCACACUUUCAGCAGAAGAAGAGGAGAGAUUGAAGCAGAGGCCAGCUGAUAUUGACGCUGAUGUUCGCGAAAUGGAGCGCAGGAAGCGAGUGGAGGCCCUUAUGUCUUCGAGGCUUUUCCGGGAAGAAUUGGAACGAGUCUUGGACCAGCAGAUGCAUGAGGGGAACGACGCGCCAUUGCUGCAACGCAUCAGGGAGAUGGUUGGGGGCAGGCUGCAUACUGGGAGUUUGAGGGGCCCGAGCUGUGUGCUUCCCAUCAAUGAUAUUCGUGGUAUCGAAGGUGUGGGUUACGAGAAGGGCGAGAAGAUACUGCGUUGCAAGCUGGCUGCCGUCUACCGCCUUGUUGAUUUGUUUGGAUGGACGCAGACUGGUUUCACGGGCCAAAUAACAGCUCGGCUGAAUACGGCGGUAGAACAAGUACUGACCACGCCCCGCGGUCUGCUACCGCAUGAGGUGACCGCAUCAUCUCUGGUCAAGGUGGAUAUGCAGGGGACUGUAGUCGACCAGGGGACUACCAAUUUCCCUGUAAAUGUUGAGGGUUUCUCGCUCCAUGCAAGCGUGCACGCAGCUCGUCCGGAUAUCCGCUGUGUGCUGCACUUGCGUUCACCGUCCGCUCUCGCUAUAUCUUCCACGAAGCGAGGUCUUCUCGCACUCUGCUCUGAGGCUGCCACUCUUGGCAUCUUGGCUUACCAUCGGGUGCCAUUGGGUGUCCUUGAUAACGAAGAGUGUGAUAAACUUGUAAGAGCCCUUGGACCUCACUCCAAAGUGCUGAUGCUCAGUUGUGGAGGUGCGUUAUGCUGUGGAGCAACCUUGGAAGAGGCGUUUUAUCAAGCAAAGAAUUUGAAUACAGCAUGUGAGGUCCAAUUGCGUCUGGCAACACUACCGCUGGAUGAGUUGAAUGUGUUUGACGAAGAGACAGCGAAGCAGAUCUACGAUUCCACCCACAAACCACCAGCUGAUGAGAAGAAAUGGCGUGUUGGUGGAGAAGAAUUUGAGGCUUUGAUGCGAAUGCUGGACAAUGCUGGCUUCCGUACAGGAUACAUCUAUAGACAUCCACUUGUUAAGAACGACGUCCCCAAACCGAAGAACGACGUAGAAGUACCACCGGCUGUCUCAUCUCUGGGAUAUCUUCUAGAAGAGGAGGAGUUGUACAAGCAAGGGAUAUGGAAGAAGGGCGGCAAGACAGGUGAACGCACCCGCUGGCUGAACUCGCCGAACGUGUACCAGAAGGUGGAAGUCCUAGAGACAGGAACCACUGAUCCCAAGAAGAUCACCAAGUGGGUCGACGCUAACAACGAAGAGUGGGUGCAAGAUGGCUCUCCCGCGCAUUCGAGCACGCCUGUCAAAAUCGACACACUACAAUUUGUGCCUAAAAACACCAAUCCCAAGGAGUUUAAGCAGCUGCAGCAGCAGAUUAAAGAAAAUCGACGCGCUGACAAGAUCAGUGCGGGGCCCCAGUCGCAUAUUUUAGAAGGAGUGACGUGGGAUGAAGCUGCGAAGCUGGUUGGUGAAGAUGCUGCUAACACGCAUACUGGAGAUCACGUUGUGCUCAUGGGCGCAGCAUCGAAGGGUAUAAUUCAGCGGGGCUACCAACACAAUGCCACUGUGUACAGCGCACCAUACGCCCGUAAUCCAUUCGAUCAUGUAACCGACACCGAAAUUGAUGAGUACCGACGCAUUGUUGAGCGCAAGCAGCGUAGCGAGUAUGACACCGACUUAUCCGAGUCGGAGGCGAUAAGCGCCGCUCAGAUCACUUCGCCGGCCAGUGCUCCCUCUGAGACUGAAGAAGAAUCGCGAGAUGAGCACCGUGUCCUCAGAAUAGAGACCAAACAAGCGCCAGUGAGGAGCCAACCUGAAGUGGUACUGAGUGAUGUUGAUACAACCGAUUUCUUGGCUGCCGAACGCGACCACGCUGACAGGACUAGAGAUUCGAACCUGCUCUCCGAUGAUGAGGUCUUCUUGGAUUCGUCUUCCAUUCCGUCUGGUGUUACUUCCCCAAGUAUCCCAGAAACAUCGAUUAUUCCCGAACACGUCAUUGUUCGUACACAGUUCGCUGCCGUUCAGCAGACUGUGAAAGGUGAACACACUCUGAACGGAGAUCAUUCGGACGCGCAUCAAAGCACCUUUUCCCACAGCAGUAAAGAGGGAUCUCCAUCCAAGGAAAUUUCCACCGAGGACUCGCCUAAAAAGGACAAAAAGAAGAAGAAGGGCUUGAGAACCCCUUCCUUCCUCAAGAAGAAGAAAGAGAAGAAGAAGGAGAAGUCCAGCACGCCGCAACCAGCUUAGAGAUAAUAUUGACAAACUACACUGCCAUCUCGCUUUCAAAAUACGUGUAAUGUUAAGAAUUUAAUUUUAUCGCUUGGUUUACCCACCUAUGGCGGGCCGAUUAAAAGAUAAAACAGCCAAUUAACAAUUCAAUGUAUUCUAGACCAACAACCUAAAUCUAGUUUCAGGAGCUUAAUCAGUUAAUCUGGAUAAAGUUUGACUUACGAUUUAGAACAUGGACCUUAAUAAAUAUGAUAU